GUUCUCUUAGCCAACACUCUCAAUAAAUAAAACACAUUCGCGUAACGGCAUAAGGCAUAGGACACUCUUUUGCUCAAAUAUGGUGAAGUUCACAAUUUUUGUAGUAUUGUUAUUAAUUCUUCCCUUGGCAUCAAUGGCUGACCUAACGGUUGGUUUCUAUGGGACUAGCUGCCCAAAAGCAGAAGCCAUUGUUCGCCAAGUUGUUCAAAAGCGCUUCAAUGGGGAUAAGUCCAUCACCGGUGGCUUGCUUCGCAUGCACUUUCACGAUUGCUUUGUCCAUGGUUGUGACGCAUCCAUACUAAUAGACUCCAAAAAGGGAAACCAAUCGGAGAAAGACGCCGGAGCAAAUGGAACCGUUAGGGGUUUCGAGAUCAUCGACGAGGCGAAAAAGGCCCUAGAGAAAGCAUGUCCUUCAACAGUCUCAUGUGCAGAUAUAAUAACACUCGCCACAAGAGACGCUGUAGAUUUGGCCGGAGGGCCAAAGUACAGCGUCCCUACAGGACGCCGUGAUGGAUUAGUCUCGAAUCCAUCCGACGUAAACCUGCCCGGGCCGGGUUCAACGGUAUCCCAAGCCCUACGAAUCUUCACACUAAAAGGCAUGUUUCUGAACGAAAUGGUUACCCUUUUGGGAGCACACACCGUUGGUUUCGCUCAUUGUAGCUUCUUCAGAAAUAGGCUAGGAGGUGCAGACACAACAAUGGACCCUACUUUGGAUUCGAACCUUGUGAAGCUUUGUGGGACGCAAUCUAAGCCUUCCAAGAAGGAUCUAAGGACGUUCUUGGAUCAAAAUACUUCUAUGGUUUUUGACAAUCAGUUCUAUAAACAAAUUCUUAACAAGAAAGGUGUUCUUUUCAUUGACCAACAGUUGGCUUUGGAUUCUUCGUCUAAGGGAUUGGUUUCGAGUUUCGCCGCCAAUCGGGCGAGCUUUCAGCAGAGUUUUGUGAAUGCCAUUGUAAAGAUGGGAAGCAUUGAUGUUAAGGUUGGUAACGAGGGAGAGAUUAGAAGAAAUUGCAGGGUUUUCAAUAGAUGAUUAAUUAGUGUUUGAACUAAUUGAUUAAUAUUGCUUUGAUCAUUAUUUCUUUUAAUUUGGUUGCUUUAGGGAAAAUAAUAAUAAGUGUAAUGGUAAUUGUAUUUGGAUUUUGAUUUUUAUGUUUGCCUUUUGAAUUGAUGUGCUGGACAACUGAAAGUUGUUGUCUUGUAAUUUGUUUUGAGAACAAUUGUAAUGUAUUUUAUUUACUCA